AUGGACGCGGCAGGUAUCAGCCACAGCGGUGGAUGAGCCUAUGAUGGAGGCUGCUCCGGCCACCCUGGAAGAGGUGGCGGUGGCUAGGUCACACAAUCAGGACAUCACAGAUUUCAAACAGCCGCUGGGGCUGUUAAUUUGGGGAAAUUGAGUGGUAUGAACCAUCAGGGAUUCGGCUGAUACCACAAUAACUGUACUCCCAGCAAAGCAAACAAGGUUGAACCCCCUCCUACGCUGUGGGAACUUGAAGGAAGAGCAACCUGCCUAGCCAGAAGAUGGCCAUUAUCAGUCCUGUCCCUACAGAUCAGAUAAGAGUGAGCCAUAGGUCCACCUCCUUCUUAAAGGUAAAAAAAGGUAAAGGACCCCUGGAUGGUUAAGUCCAGUCAAAGGCGACUAUGGGGUUAGAAUCAUAGAAUCAUAGAGUUGGAAGAGACCACAAGGGCCAUCGAGUCCAACCCCCUGCCAAGCAGGAAACACCAUCAGAGCACUCCUGACAUAUGGUUGUCAAGCCUCUGCUUAAAGACCUCCAAAGAAGGAGACUCCACCACACUCCUUGGCAGCAAAUUCCACUGUUGAACAGCUCUUACUGUCAGGAAGUUCUUCCUAAUGUUUAGGUGGAAUCUUCUUUCUUGUAGUUUGGAUCCAUUGCUCCGUGUCCGCUUCUCUGGAGCAGCAGAAAACAACCUUUCUCCCUCCUCUAUGUGACAUCCUUUUAUAUAUUGGAACAUGGCUAUCAUAUCACCCCUUAACCUCCUCUUCUCCAGGCUAAACAUGCCCAGCUCCCUUAGCCGUUCCUCAUAAGGCAUCGUUUCCAGGCCUUUAACCAUUUUGGUUGCCCUCCUCUGGACACGUUCCAGUUUGUCAGUGUCCUUCUUGAACUGUGGUGCCCAGAACUGGACACAGUACUCCAGGUGAGGUCUGACCAGAGCAGAAUACAGUGGCACUAUUACUUCCCUUGAUCUAGAUGCUAUACUCCUAUUGAUGCAGCCCAGAAUUGCAUUGGCUUUUUUAGCUGCCGCGUCGCACUGUUGGCUCAUGUCAAGUUUGUGGUCAACCAAGACUCCUAGAUCCUUUUCACAUGUACUGCUCUCAAGCCAGGUGUUGCAGCACUCAUCUUGCUUUCAGGCCGAGGGAACCGGUGUUUGUCCACAGACAGCUUUCUGGGUCAUGUGGCCAGCAUGACUAAACCACUUCUGGUGCAACGGAACACCGUGACGGAAACCAGAGCGCACAGAAACGCCGUUUACCUUCCCGCCACAGUGGUACCUAUUUAGCUACUUGCACUUGUGUGCUUUUGAACUGCUGGUUGGCAGGAGCUGGGACAGAGCAACGGGAGCGCACUCCGUUACGGGGAUUUGACCCGCCAAUCUUCUGAUCGGCAAGUCCAAGAGGCUCGGUGGUUUAGACCACAACGCCACCCACAUCCCCACCUCCUCCUUAUGCCAUAGUAGGAAACAUUCAAAGGCAGCCCUAAUACAAAAACCCUCUUCAUAUGCCAGCCAUUCUCUGCCCACAAACUCAGAAUAGGCUCUGUACACGAUAUUCCAAUAUCAGGUCCACAUCAUCUCCUUCUGCCCAUACCCCCUUCCAAGAAAGGAGAAAGGGUCCACAUAAACACCUUUACAAAUUCUCUCUUUAGGUGGUGAAAGCCCCAAGAGGCCACUGUUUCCUGAAAAGGUAUGCCCUUCCUCCUGACUGACUCCUGACCAUCGCCCCACCCUUCAGUGCUCCACCAUGUGCAGGUGUGUCCAAUGACCCAAUGGAAGGUAGAGCCAGCAGAGGAACCAGAGAUUCACUCACCGUUGGUCUUACUGAAGGUUGUCCAGGGAUGGGAACUGAAGCAUCAAGUCCCAGUAGCCUCCAUGCCUGAUAACUGGCAGAGCAAAGAAGUGGUCACUGUGACACCCCCUUUUCCGUGGGGUGGACAAUGCCAGUGAAGUCUGUCUAGCAACCACAGAAGACUGGCUGGGCCCCCAAUGUGGAAAACCCCAUGUAGUUAGGGACCCCAGACAGGUCAAUCCCAUUUCUGAAAAGGGGAAACUUCUCCAGGGAAGGGACCCACACCUGAAUCAGAGGCUGGACUAGCAUCUCAAGCCCUGACAGGUAUCAACAGAGUUGGAGAUUCCAUGCUAAGCCAGCUUCCCUGAAUCCAAGGGCCAUAGACAGUAGGCUUGGCCUUCUUCGAGGGCCACCUUCUCAGCCUCGGCAUUCUCCAGCCUGCCAAAGCAAGCCUGAAUUAGCUGACCAUCGAGGCCUUUCUUCAGCUGAAGACAAGGUGGGCAUUGAAAGUGGUGCUUGGCUGUAGCUUUAGGGGCCUUGACUUUGCCCUUCCAGCCUGCUCUGGCUGCCUAUGAGUCACAAUAGACACCAGGAAGCCAGAGAGGUGCAAAGUGCCCUCCCAAAAACCCUGUAAACAGUGCUGACAAGAGUAACCUUACUCUAAAUCCAGUGUGGGUCUGCCAAUAUGACCCCAGGACCACUUGUUCCCAGAGGGAGUGAGAGGCUUAGAAUCAUUUUAUAACACAUUACCAGUGUGGUGUAGUGGUUAGGAGCGGUAGACUUGUAAUCUGGUGAACCGGGUUCGCAUCCCUGCUCCUCCACAUGAAGCUGCUGGGUGACCUUGGGCCAGUCACACUUCUCUGAAGUCUCUCCACCUCACUCACCUUACAGAGUGUUUGUUGUGGGGGAGGAAGGGAAGGAGAUUGUUAGCUGCUUUGAGACUCCCUAGGGUAAUGAUAAAGCAGGAUAUCAAAUCCAAACUCCUCCUCUUCUUUUCUACUUUCCACCCAAACUGAGUUGCCACUCUGGUGGGCAAGCUAGAAAAUAUUCAUCCAAGCUGAAAUCCCACUAAGAAAAGAAGAGAUCUUGGUUUAACUUUCCAAAUACAGCUGUUCUAAAAUCUUUCAGGUAAGACACGUAUUGAAGGCUGGACCACUCACAAGACUGGGAUACGUAUGGAUAUCUGCUUUAAGAUGCAUUUAAAUAAUCAAUUAAUGGUGGAAAAUCACCUUAAGUAACCCUGAAUUCAAGAUAUAGAACAUUGGGAAGAGCCCUUCUUAGAAACAUGGUAUUUAUGGGAACAACUUAAUUUGCACUGAAAAGUUCAUUGCUAAUAUCUGUCAUAACCAAAAGUAACACAAUGCACCACUAUGUGGACUCAGAUCACAAUGGGCUAGUUCACGGACAAUGGGCUGGUUCAUAGACUCACCCAUCCAGGGAUAUAAUAUGCACACAAGGCCACAAUUGUACUUCACCUGUGCAAUAACCUCCAUUUCCCCACUCACUUGUCAGUGGCCAGGGUUAUUCUUCUGAAGGAGGGAAGGAUGAAGGUCUAUGGGCAAUGAGACCACCAACCAGAGCCAUGACUCCAUCACACUGAUGAAGUAUUUGAGCCUACUCCCAUUUCCCACACCAAUGCAUCUUGUGUAAGAAAACCAGAAUGAGAGGCCAAACCUUAAGAUAAUAUGUGAGAUAUGAAAACGUAUUACAUCAUAUUAUUGGCUCAAUGCUUUAAAAAAAAUAUUCCAGCACAAAGAAAGUCAUGGCAUCCCUUGUUCUAGAAGAACAUUUGAAUAGGAACAUUCAGUUUUGAACAUUAUGACUUGUCACAAUCUAGAAAGGACAUGUAACACAGUAUAAGUCACUGUAUUUUGCUUUUCCUGAUACAUCCUCAUGCUCCCAUGAAUCCCUACUCUGGUUCAGCAGAUUCCAGAAGCACAUGCAGAAGAACGUAUGUGCAGCAAUUAUGUCAGGAUGCUAAGUGGACAGAAGCAAUCACUGAAUGCUGGAAUGCCACUCAGUAUGCCAUCAUCAACAUCACCUCUGGAAAGAUCAGCUGUGUGGCAUCACUGCAUAAAGAGAUACAAGCUGCCAAGUUAUCAGCAAAUGAGGGACACCAGAACAUUUCCUAUCACUUCAGCAGUGCAUAAAUAGUGCAAGUAGUCAAUAGCAGGCAGAGUCCAACUAUUAUCAGGAGGGCCUUAACCCUUCCCUUGCUACAGUCCUGAUCCAGACUGGGCGACUGACACCUGUUUCCAUUGGCUCAAAUGGGAGCUUUACUUCCAAUAUAAUUAGCAGGCACCAGGGACCAAUGAUGCCAUUAAAGAAACAACCAAACCAGCUAGUUUAAUGUGUGGUGACAGACCAGGAAAUAUCAGACAGACAUAGGAGAAACUGCUCUGGAGAGUCCCAGGACUGCAACCUAUGCAAACAAUUGUGACUGAGAAGCAAGAUCCGCUAUGCUCAUUGUGGCUUACUCUCAAAUUGGUGCUUAGCACUGAAACCGUACAUUCAUGCCUGGAAAUAGGCAAUAAAACUAAUUUCUGCAUGUCGUAGGAGUGCUGGGGAAUAGAGACAAUUAUUAUUUCAGAAGAAAACCAUGUCAAAAGGUAAUGUAAAGAAUUGCACAUUUUUCUAGACACACAGGUAAUAAUGAUUAUUCAAUGAAGAAUGGUCUAUGCUACAAUUAAAUCCUAAACUGAAGGCCCAUAUUGUUAGAUCCUCACUUCUGAAGCCCAUCCCAUAUAACUGUAAACUGAUCUUUUAAUUUUUCUUAUACACUUUUACACACCCAUUAUCUUUGCUUAAUUAAGUAUUCUAUGUAUUUGUUUAAAUCUACGUUCGGUUCUUGCUCAGAUUUAUUUAAUAAUUAUUCAUUUAGAUUCAUACUGUUAUGCUAUUUAUUUAGAUGUUUUGCUUAUGCUGGUCUAUGACCAUAAUAAAGUACUUAAAAUAAUCAUCAUGUUCAUCAUAGUGAUUAGUAUCCACACUGAACUUUCAGGUACUGAAAAAAAUACAUGAAAUGACAUUUGCCCACCAUCAUGAUGCUCCUGUGAUCUAAUCACAUUUUAUCCUCCUCUUCCUCCCUCAAGUACAAAGAAUGUCUUCAAAUCAUAUCGUGGGCGAAGGGGAGAUUCAAUUGGCAGUUCUGUAUUAAUCCUGUGGCAAAUGUUUUAGCAUAUUUUGACAGAAAACCAUUAAUAUUUGAUGCGUUAAUUGUUGUCUCAUUUCCUCUUGAAAAAAAAUGUGUGAUUCCAGGCUGUUAGCAACCUUUACAGAUAGCAGCAGAAUUUUAUGGUUAAUCUGCAUCCCUGAAAAGAACAGUUCAUAUUUAGUUAUUUACAGUGCUUUUCCGGGGGGGGGGGGGGGCAGGGGUAUGCGUACCCCUAAACAUUUUGUGAAUUUAAGCCUGGUUUCUUUGAAGGGCAGUAUUUCGAUAUAAGUAGGAAAAUGAGAGUCCCCUAAACAUUUUUAAAGGAAAAAAGCACUAGUUAUUUAUAGAGUUUUCUUAGCUUUUCAAGAAAAUUUGUCUGUUAUAGGAAGCACACAAUUUUGUAUCAAAAGAAAUGGUAGCCAUUAUUAUGCAAUGCUACCUAAAAAGCAUUUAUCCAUGAAUGUUAACACAUCCAACAUUAAAAAUCCUCAGAUCUUCUAAAUCAAGAGUAAAGGCAGCCACACCCCUUAACUUUUGUAACCUAUGCAAAUGAAAUGGGGUGUUGAUACAUUGGGUUUUCUAGACAGCUUGUGGUCACAUACCGCAAUCUGUGCAAUCUGUAAUGACUCAGUGCCUUCAACCAUUCAUGAUGGUUUGCAGUUGGUUUAGAGUCUUAGGCUGCAGCUGCAAAUGCAUUCUGCUUUGGGGGGAAAUGGGACUUGCUUCUAAGUAAAUGUGCUUAGCUCUAUGGGUGAUGAAAUGAUGCCAUAGGACAGGGGUCAGCAACCUAAGUCCCAUGGGCUACAGGCGGCCCAUGGGGGUUGUUUAACCGGCCCCCGAGCUGUCCCCGAACUGAGCCACCAGCUCAGUGAGUCCCCACGUGCUGCGCUAAACCAGUGCAGCGCAGCACGGGCACUCGCUUCUGCAGCACCGAAAAUUGCGUCUGCGCAGGCACAGGCAACAGACAUCGUGGGCAGGCGCACACACACACACAAUCCGGCCCACGGAGGGAUCUCCACUGGAGUGAACUGGCCCAGGUGAGGUAAACCUUGCUGACCCCGCCAUAGGAUAAAGAACAAGUACAGAUAUCAAUCCUUCAUAAGAAGUUGGCAGGCAUGAAAGAGCUCACUAAUAAGAGAUGCUUUGUUGUUGCAUAGAAGAUGGUUAAUAAAUUUUAGGAAACAAUAUUUUUUUAAACAACGUAAGAGAAAUCCAAAGUUCCCCCGGUCAAAAUUGUGUGAUUUACUGUUGGACAUUGAGUCAUUCUGCAGAGAAGGAAACAGGAGUGGUAUAUAAGCAUAACAUCAUCCAGUGACAUCCAGAACCAACUUAAAUCUACAAAGAAGGUUAUUCCAGUCUUACUAGAAACAAGGAGGAAGGUAAGAUUUUGGGAGGGAGGGUGCCAGUUUUAUACCAUAGUCUGCUAUAUCCCAUAGUCUGCUAUAUGAAGUAUAUUAGCAGAGUUAAACAAUUUAGGUUAUCUCAGGAGGAUACAACUUUUUGAUCAAAUUUCUAUUAUUUAUGUACUUAUUUCAUAAAACGUACUAGGGUUAUCAUAUUUCAUGAAAAUCCAAACACAAAAGCUGUUGAGCUCUUUUAGGCAAAGUUGCUGAGCUGUGUGGGGGGAGGGGGCAAAGUUGUUGAGCGAUUUGCUCCCGGGCACUGUUCCUGACAGCCGGAUCCCGGGUAUGUAAAAGGUAAACGAUCCCUUAUAGUUACGUCCAGUCGCGAAUGACUCUGGGGUUGUGGUGCUCAUCUCGCUUCACAGGCCGAGGGAGCUGACAUUUGUCCGCAGACAGUUUUUCCGGGUCAGGUGGCCAGCAUGACUAAGCCACUUCUGGUGCAACAGAACACCGAAACCAGAGCAGCGCACAGAAACAGGCCAUUAAUCAGCUGCCAGCACAAUAUCAGUGUGGCUGAAAGGACCUAGUUGAGAACCUGUGAUUGUACCACCUGUGAAUUUUAGCAUGUACUGGAAGAGAUUUCUGUUGCACAACAGAUUUAAACAAUGGAAGUUCACUUUCUUCUCCUCCUGCUGCAGCCCCAUACUUACUCACAGAAUCCGUUCCAGGGUGAUGGGAGCCCCUCCAGAGCAAAUUGAGGGGCAAUUCAGUGAACUGCAGGGGAAAAGAAAGGAAAGGAUGGCUGCAUAAUAAAGGAAAUUUGAAGGGCUCAGGUGGUGUUUUCCAGUGCAGCCACUAUGUCCACUAACCAGAGACAGAAGCAAAAUAGUUUAGUGGGGUGGAAUCAGAUGCAAAAUGGUGACUCUGGAUCAGAGACACUUGCCUGUGGCACUCCUAUUCCAGGAGGUACAAGUCACAACUAGUGCCACAUGAGCAAUUUGAAAUUUAAACUACUACUCAGAAGAAUGGCACCAUGUUUCAAUAAGUACGCUCUUUAUCUAAACAGAAACUCUAAGAUAAUCUCUCCAGUGUUAUUUUGUUUUCAUAGAUGAUCCUGCACAUCGUGUUGCUGAGUCUUGCUGCUCUGCUGCAACAGCCUGCUUCAAGAGUAAGUUGUUUACGUUGUGUAGUGUAGCAAUACUGGGAGAUGCUAAACAGUCUCAGUCAGUGGGACAUGAAAAGUUACUAAAGUUAGCUGGAUUGUUUUCAAAUGCAAGAUUUAGUUGGGCCAACUAAACCCCCACUUUAAUAAGCCAAAAUGCUUUUGACUGCUUCAUCCAUAAACACAUUGAAGUGAAAAAAGAUCAUACUUAACAGGAAGUCCAAACAAAUGGAAUUAACUUGGGUUAACCUUAAAACAUGAUGGAAGGAUGGUCCAGUUACAUAUCCCACUAAAAGUAAUGCUAAGUUUCUCAUAGUUUUCAGUAGCUGUGGAUUUAUCCAGAGGAGUCCAGAGACAUCUUGACGCCUCUGCAUCAACUGGAGGACCUGUUGAUCUGCUCCAUGGAGCCAGUGUAGUGUAGUGGUUAAGAGCGGUAGUCUCGUAAUCUGGUGAACCUCCACAUGCAGCUGCUGGGUGACCUUGGGCCAGUCACACUUCUCUGAAGUCUCUCAGCCCCACUCACCUCACAGAGUGUUUGUUGUGGGGGAGGAAGGGAAAGGAGAAUGUUAGCCGCUCUAAGACUCCUUAAAGGGAGUGAAAGGCGGGAUAUCAAAUCCAAACCAAAAAAAAAUAAAUGGUCAGAACACUUAAAAUACAUCCCUUCAAUUUUAGUUUACAACUGAUGUUUCAUUUAUGACAGAAGAGCCUGACAGAAGCAAGUGCACACUUUUUAACCAUGUCCAUGAUUCUUAGUGAAAGUAUGCUAAAAUUACAUUGGUGUAAUGAAAAAUAUAAUCAUAUAAAUAAAUACAAGGAAAAAAUACUCACUCUCUCACUUUAGGCACAUGCACAAGGGGUUGGACCAGGUGAGCGACAGGAAAUUAUUGACAAGCACAAUGCCCUGCGGAGAGGAGUGCAGCCACCAGCAAGCAACAUGCUGAAGAUGGUAAGUGUUUUAAAGUUUUACUACGCUUUCUGGCUGGCAGAAAAUUGCAUGCGCUAGUUUAUACAUAUCUUUUAUUAUUUAUUAAUUUAUAUUCCCUAGUGGCUACUACAUGAUUUGCAACUAUAAACCCAAUCUAUAAUUAAAAUACACAAUAACAUUAACUUAUUUAAUUCAUAUAUACGACUAAAAGCAUUCAUUGUCCACUAUAUAGACAAUGAAUAUGCAUUUUUCUGAGAAGCUAAGUAGUAGCUAAGAGCACCUAAUUCAGCAUUUUAACCUUGGUUUGAAGUGGUUUACGGACCCUGGUAACUACUGUUACGUAUGGUUGGCAUGGGUCAGGAAGAAUAAACAAAAACGUGCCCACAACCCAGGUAGUAUCUGAGAGCACCUGACUCAGCAUCUCUGAAAGCUGGCUGUUGCCAUUAACCAUGACUGACAUGAGUCAGGCAGAUGUAAUACUAAGCCCAAGAGGGAAAAGACUGCACACUUUGAUUUUGCUUCAUGUAUUCAAACCAUGACAUAGCCUGAGAAGAACUAUCAUUAAAAAGACACACAAGUUUUUUAAGAGAGCUGAAGGGUGAAAAUGAUCAGGCAAAUAUGAGCCUCUCCAUUUUUACAUUUUGCAUCCAGUCUCAUGUUUAAUACAUAUUUUUUUCUUAUAGGAAUGGAGUGGAGCUGCAGAAGCAAAUGCCAAAAGCUGGGCAAGUAGAUGUCAAUAUCAACACAGCCCACCAGAGCAAAGAGCUGCUGGCAAGUAGAGCUUUCACUAAGCAUUGUAGAAAUAAUUUAGAGAUCUGAAAUAGAAUCCGCAUUUAGUCACCAUUCACUAACUCUUCAGCAACCCUGCAAUUGUCAUUCUGCAGAUAAUACUGAAAAUACUGGAGGAAUGCCACUAAAAGAGGAAUGGUGGAAUGUUCUGGUUCUUUCAAAAGUUUGAGGUCCCACACUCAGUUCUGACCAGCUAAGCUUUGUCUGCAGGAGUGGAGGAAGGGGUGUGUGGUGGGGGCGGACCACCCUGGGUGUGGUGUCUUCGCUGAGGGGGGUGACAUUUGGCACGCCAUCCGCCCGCAACUCCCAAGCCUAGCCCGAGCCGUAGGGGGGAGGGGGAGCUGCGCCACUUUGCCAUUAUCAUUUCUCCCUUCCCCUUUGUUUCGACAGCUCGAGGGAGACUUGGGAGUCGCAGGCAGGCUGCGCACUGAAUGUCCGCCAUUGGCGACUCGCUCCACCCUCGGCUGCAGGGUGCGCCCGAGUGGCUAUCCUGCGCCUGGGAGGGCACCCUCCGCACCCCUCAGGAGUGCGCCCCGCCCUGAGCAGCACUGGCAUAUGCUCCGCCACUGUUUGUCUGUACACACACUUUACACCACGCGUGUCCAAAGUCCGUUUCAGGGGCCUAAUCUGGCCCGCUGGUCAGUUUAAUCCAGCCCCUGUAGCAGUUUAUUUCUGGGGGGAAAUCCCCAAAAAACCUCAACAACUUUGGACGGCCCUUUGGACAGCCCUCACGGCCCUUCACUUCAUCAAAUCUGGCCCUCUUUGAAAAAAGUUUGGACACCACUGUUUUACACCAAUGAUGCAUACUCCCUCAUUCUCUGAGAAUGGUAAUGGGACUCACUUGAGUUCCAGCUGGAAAAAAGCCCUGCUUCCACAUACUCUAUUAUGAUCUGUUUUUUUAAAGCAUUAUUUAUGGCCACAUCAAAGAAACUGACCCACCAACUCCAGGUUCUCAGAGGGGAAGUGGACUUUGUGGCUCUCUGUUGAUUUAUGUAACUUAUUUAGUAACUGACGGCAAACGUGUUUUCAUAUUGUGCUGUUCUUGAUUAUGAGGCUUUUGAUCGGCCAUUUUCCCUUAUCUUGGUAAACUGCUGUACAGUGUUGCUUCUUUUGCACAAGUUUCUUUAAUAUUUUUCUCUAUAUCUUUAUUUUUCUUUAUAUACCUGUGAUCAUCAUUUGAGACACUUCUUCAUGUGUCACACCAUGAAAGGUCUAGAUGGUGUAAAUUCGAGAUUAGGCCUUUUCUGCAGUGGCUCCCCAUUUUGCGGACUGCUCUACGCAGAGAGGCUCAACUGGAACCACCAUUAUAUAUCUUUAGGAGCCAGGCAAAAACUUUCCUCUAUAACCUUAGCGCUAUCAGUCAGUUUGGUUUAUUGUGUUUAGCAAGAAGCUAUUACACACUUAAAAACAAUAACAGGAAUGCUAAUAAUAGCAGGAAUACAGCACUGCUACUAAUAAUGGUUAACAUUUCUACUCCCCAACGCCUCCCUCUUUAACUAUAAUUGGCCUUUAACUAUCUAUGGCCUUUUAGAAAUGGGUGGGAUUUUUUAAUGUAUUUCUUUUUCAUCUUCGUUUUAUGGUUUAGCUAGUGUCAUGGUGGGGUGGGAGCUGUGUGGCUGUCUGGUUGGUUGGUUGGUUGGAAGUGGGUAAGAUAAAGCAACUAACAUAUUUAAUAAAUAAUAGGAAUAAUAGGAAUAUGCUCAGUUGUUUACUCCCUUUCUUGAAUUGUUGAAAUACUCUGUUAUGGGGGUGAAGAGAGAGAGAGAGCGCACUAUACCUUUUGCUUUGGAACUAUUGUUGUACAUACAAAUGUAUACAGAUUUACUUAAGCAGACAGAUCUGCGGGGGGGGGGGGGGGACGACAAAUCCUGCUUGGAAUAAGCAAGUUUUACCGGUUGUAGCAUGUUUCUCCAAAGCAUUGAAGAGCUCCCCUUGUUUAUAGAAUUCCCCGAAUCACUAAUCAUGACUUUUCUUAAUGUUAACCGUCUCCACUUCUAGAGGGAUUCCCAUGUGGUGAAAAUUUGCUCAUGUCAAGUGGCCCUAUGCCAUGGUCUAAAGUAAUUCAAGAGUGGUACAACGAGGUGAAAGAUUUUCAGUACGGUGUUGGAGCGGUCCCUGCAGGAGCCAAAGUUGGCCAUUAUACCCAGGUAACUCAAACACCGUUUUGUAUCUUUGUCAAGUGCAUGGUUCAUCUAGUCAAUCCAUGUCUGACAGCCCUCUUGCAUCUUGGCUUGCUGCUGCCUGUAGUGGGGUAGGAGAGCUGGAAAAAAGAAAUCCAUAUUUAGACAAAUCUAAAAUGUCUGGGAUACAAAUUUUCAUGGCCCUCUGGCAGCUAUAGUGGUUCCUAGGGGCUUAAUUUGGUCAGAAUCAACUAUAGACUUCAGAAUUAACACUAAAUGCAUUAGUUCUGGUAAAUGAGCCACCAUAGUUGCUGGUGGGCUGUGAAAAUUUGUGUCCUGGGCUUUUUAGACUCGUCUGUAGUAGUGCUAUUUUUCUGGAAAGAGAGGUGCUGGAACUCACCAUGAACACCUCCCUUAGAAUAGCACCUGAGAGGCGCCCUGUACAGUCUACGCAUGUACUAUCUGAAGCCAAAGGGUGUGUUGGUUGCCAGAUGUGAAAUAUAUUGGCAUUAUUUUCAGCUCUCCCACUACACUUCUGGGACUGUGCAAAAGAAAAGAUAAAGAAACCAAGGAAGGUUCUUGUGCCACCAACAGGAAGGUUCUUGUGCCACCAUCACAUGGCAGGUAGACUGCUUUUGGUUUGGUGGGUCACUUUGGGCAGGGGCGGCCUCUCUCACAUAUUCCUAUUCAUAGUUUUCACACAGGAAGGAUCAUCGUUCUCUCUCCUACACCUUUGCUUCUGAGGGUUCUUCAGGCACCCAUGAGGCCAUUCCUAUUCACAGCUGUAUAUAGAAUCAUAGACUCACAGAACUGUAGAGUAGGAAGGGACCACGGCGGUCAUCUAGUCCAGGCACGUCCAACAGAUAGAUCAUGACCCACCAGUAGAUCACAGGAUGUUUGUGUUAGAUCACUGGUAGAUCACUGUUCCCCCCAGAAGCUCAACAACUUUGGCUCUUCUAGAAAAAGCUCAAGAACUUUGACUUGAACCCCAAAAAGGGGGGUAGAUCACUGCCAGUUUUUAACUCUGUGAGUUGAUCACAGUCUCUUGGGAGUUGGCCACUAGUCUAAUCCCCUGAAAUUUUGCCCAAUGUGAGGCUUGAACCCACAACCCUGAGAUUAAGAGUCUCAUGAUCUACCAAAUGAGCUAUUUCUGAGCUGCUACUGCCAGAGGAAGAAAAUGAUUGAAAUUGUUAUCUGGAAAUUGUUUAUUUCUUUAGUAUCGUACUCCUUUUCAAGGUGCUCCUAAUUAUACACAACUCAAAGUGGUGAUUGAUUUAUUUUUGCGGGGGGAGUUUAAAUGGUAUUGUCAGGUGAAUGUUUUCCUGGCUCAAAACAGUUAGAUUCUAACUGUUUUUCUUGUGUGGAUGUUUUUAUAUCUACAGGUGGUUUGGUACAGGUCUUACAAAGUCGGUUGCUCUGUGAACCAGUGCCCUCAAAAUUCCCUAAAAUACUACUACGUUUGCCAGUACUGCCCUGCGUAUGUAUCAUUCAGUCAGUCUGUCAUUAAACCUAUUAGUCAUUUCUUACCCAAGGUCUCUAAGGGACUUACAACACAUUUAAAGCACAAAUAAAAAGGCAUUAUACUAUAAAAACAACUUCAUUAAGAACCACAGGAUGCAUGGGCAACACACUAGUAAUGUAUUAACUCUGCAUUUCAAUGGUUGCCAACCAACUAGAAAACAAAAACAGCCAGGUCGUUCCUCUUAGCUUUGAGCCAUUUGCCAGGAAAUCAGGAAACAACAGUGGAUUUUUUUUAAAGGGCUGAGUCAAAACCCCUCAGAAAAUAAUUUUCUGGCAAUCUAUGGAAAACUUUAUUUAUUUAUUGGUUCCUCUGAACAGCUGGAGAUUUUCACUCCUCCUCCGGUGAAUAUUCAGUGACAGGCCCUCCCUAAUUCCACCACCCAUUACGGUUUGGUGCACCGGUGAAUCCAGUUUAACCUUACCUUCAUAUUGUUGCUGAAGGAAGCAAAGGGCUGUGCUCCCACUCCUUGCAGCCCUCCUCUCUUAGUGCCCAUGGCUUCUGUCAUCCACCAAUACGCACCUGCAGCAUAGUCGACAUUAAGUGAGCCACAGUGCCUCGGAAAAGAAUGUUCUCAUUUUUAAGCUUUUUGUAAACUAGGUGUGGGAACCACCAACCCAGAGACCUAAUUAGCCUUGCUCCCAGACAUUCAAGCCCCGCCAGGUGCUGGAUUUUGUCAUUUGAAGAGUUAGUUGGCCGGUCUACAUUUUCCUGGACUUGAAUAGAACAACUCAUAGUAAUAGGCCUGAUUGAACAUAUAUUUGGGAGGCAAAGAAGAUACUGCAUCUCCUCCUCUCCCCACACCCCACUCCUGCAGCUGCACCGCAGGCACAGAAGUGUUCACUCCUGCUCAGUUUGACCACCUGGCUAUGUUCCCCUGCUGGGAAGAGGAGUGCGGCCAAAGUUCCUUCUUCCCACACAAUGUCGCUUCUCCUGACAGCCCAAACACUCUGGGAGGGCGAUCCUAUCAGUGCUGUCUCCACCCAACUCAUCCAAAGCCCAGGUCUACCUGAAUUCACCUUAAUUCGAUUCAGGCUGAAGGCUUUGGCUGAAACCAGUUCACAGCCCUACUCCUCACAUUGCACAAUAUUUGUGCUAUAAGUUCAUUGAUUAAAUAAAUGGAAUAGAACUUUUCUAAUUAAGAAAAUCAUUUACUGAGAUUAUACGAUCAUUCUAGUCAAAUAUAUCCUUGUUUACUCCUUCACUUUCAUCAUUCCAGAGGGAACGUAGUAGGAUCACUUCAAACCCCAUAUAAAUCUGGAUCACCUUGUGGGGACUGCCCUGGCUCAUGCGACAAUGGAUUAUGCAGUGAGUAGAAAUAACUUCAAAUAUUAUCAUAAUGCCUUUUUGUACUUUAGAAAGGGCACUUAAUAAGAAUGGAUCCCAGUAAAUUUGAUGGAAGCUUAUUCCUGAGUAGAUGUGCAUAAAAUUGUAGACCCCAUAACCUUCCUUAUUCUGUAGGUGGUUGCAGGAUGUCUAUGUAAAUGUUCUCAUGACCUGCACAUCCACCCUUAAAAACAUGUCCAAUUUAUUCUGGGUUACAGCCAGGAUUGCUAAACUAAUUACUAAUUCAGUUCCUACAUUCAUUAAAACAACUGCUAAAUAAUGUUUUAAGUGGGGGCCUUUUACUUGUAAAUCACCUCCACUAUAGCAACUAAAAAUGAAAGCAUCUCUUGAGUUUGAAUCACAGGGGCAUUUUGCUUUUGUUAACUCUGAUGUGUUCUUGUCCUUUUUCAUUUUCAGCCAAUCCUUGCAAACAUGAUAAUAAGUACAGCAACUGUGACGAGGCAGUGCAAUCGCAAGGGUGCAAGGGCAGCCUUGCGAAUGAGUGUGCUGCUUCUUGCUAUUGUCCUACUGAAAUAAAAUAA